AUGGAAGCCAAAGACCGCGAAAAGAGCUGUUGUUCACAAGAAGAAGGUCCUAAAACAACAGUAAGUUCUCUUUUCUUUUUGGAUUUUCUGUGUUUAGAUUCUGAAGACGUUGAAUAAUGUGUGGAAAUUUUGGAAAUGGCUUUAAAUAGGAUGUAUUUUACGAAAUAAGACUUUUUUCUAUCAAAUUUGAUCAAAAAAGGGUUGUUAUCAAGAACUUUUGGUAUAAAUUGAAAGAAACUGCGGCUUUAUACAAUUGUGAGAGCUUUUAGAAGUUUUAGGAGACUUUUUCCGUGCUUUUUAGAUAAAUAGGUAACUUUUAAGGGAGUAAUGACUUCGUUCUAGCUAGUUUUAGUCCAACUAUCAUAGAUAACAUAACUGUUUUUCAAAUAAAGACUAAAAUUCAAUUUUAAGGCACACCCAGUAGAAGAUAUAGCUGCAAAAAGACCCAGGCUGGACCUAGAAGCUCAAGAAGUUACUUCAUCAAGCUUGGAUACAAAACCUUCAGCAAUCGCUUCCGAAGCUACUACAAUAUCAUCUCAAGCUAUUCCUAAGCGUUCUGGCAAACCCAGACGUACUGCUGAUCCAAAACUACGUGCCGCGGAAGCUCGGGAAAAGGAGAUCCAAGCUUUUAAGGAAACGAUGCCUAACAAUAUUGUCUUUCGUAUCAAAAAUGGUAAGAUUUCAAGCUAAAAAGUUGCAAAAUGUCAGGUAGAAUGACGUGUAAAAGUAAUGAUUUUAGGUAUACGAUACUGCUCGCCAUAUUGGGGAACCUACAAGACGGAGACUAAGGGAAGAUGGGUCGGUAGAAAGCUGACAGAGGUGUUUCAAUCAGAGUUUUUGUCUUUCAAUCCCAAUUAUGUGGUAGGUCAUGGAUAAUAGGAAAAUUUUUUAUUUUUUUUUUGCAAACAGGAAACUUUAAAUUGAAUUUGAAGACUCAUAAUGAACUUUACAGGUAGCAGCCGCUCGCCGUGGUCGAAUCAUAAUAAACGGGAAGCAGAUGAACAAUAUUGAUCAUGUUAUGAAGUUAGGCGAGAAGAUACAACACAUUGCGCAUAGACAUGAACACCCUGUACUGGAUGUACCAAUUCAAAUUUUGGCAGAGACUGAGGACAUGAUGGUUGUAAAUAAACCAGCAUCGAUGCCUGUGCACGCUUGUGGCAAUUACAAAAUUCAUACUGUACUCGGAUUACUGUGGAAACUACAUGGAAUCGUUGGGCUUAGAGGUUGGUUUAGGUUUUUUUAUUGUUAGAAUUUGCUUAUUGAAAAAAAUUUUUGACCAAACGUUACCUAAAAUGCAUGUUUUAAAGCCAGGGAUACCCGAAAUUCGAAAAAAUUCUAAAAUUUUUUUUCCACUUUAAAAAAAAUUUUAAUACUGUAAAAAAUAGUUCUUAUCGGAAUCUGAAGCCUACCAACCCAUAAAAUUAAGCGUGCUUGAAAAAUGUUUCAAAAAUUGAAAAGGCAAUAUCAGGAAGUUUUUUCAGCUCCAAAGAGUUUACCAAUAAUAAGGUAAAAGUGCCGAAAAUAACUAUAAAACUUAAAAGUGAUGUUAAAUAUGGUUGGAAAAUGGCUUUUUAAAGUAAUACGAAAAUGUGACAGAUAAUGUUCGUAAACGAUACAAAGAAAUAUAGGGAAACUGAUACCCAGAAUAACAAAAAUAUACAGGGAAACUUGUAUUUAUGGCUAUAACAAGUAACAUUACAAUCAUAUGAUACUAUAAAUACUACGAAAAGGUAAAAAGCAAUAUAUCAAAGACUAUGUUGUGACCAAGAGUACGCUAUGAUAAGGAUUUAAAAUAUUAUUCCAAAUGACUCAAAAAAACAUUCAAAACGCUUAGAAAUACAAUUGAAGUGAACACGAAAGGCUAUUAAAACUACAUAAUUACAUUAUUAAGGAUAG